AUGGAUCGAUUAUCAAGAAUGCUGCAGGCGGCGCAAGGCAUGGGACAAGGAGGAGGCGGACCAGCACAGGAUACCAACAUCGUCGACAAUGCCGAAACCGUGUACAUCUCCUCGCUCGCCCUCCUCAAGAUGCUGCGACAUGGCCGAGCAGGUGUGCCUAUGGAGGUUAUGGGUUUGAUGCUGGGAGAGUUUGUCGACGACUACACGGUCCGCGUGGUAGAUGUCUUCGCCAUGCCACAGUCCGGGACGGGUGUGUCGGUCGAAGCAGUAGAUCCGGUAUUUCAGACCAAGAUGAUGGACAUGCUACGGCAGACGAACAGACCAGAAACAGUCGUCGGCUGGUACCACUCACAUCCCGGUUUCGGUUGCUGGCUCUCCUCCGUCGACAUCAACACACAGCAAUCUUUCGAGCAGCUUACCCCUCGCGCUGUCGCCGUCGUCAUCGACCCCAUCCAGUCCGUGAAAGGCAAGGUCGUCAUCGACGCCUUCCGCCUCAUCAACCCGCAAUCGCUCAUGCUCGGGCAAGAGCCACGCCAAACCACGUCGAACCUCGGUCACCUCAACAAACCUUCGAUACAAGCGCUCAUCCACGGCCUGAAUCGGCACUACUACAGCAUCGGAAUCGGCUACCGCAAGACCGCGCUCGAAGAGGCCAUGCUUAUGAAUCUGCACAAAACCGUGUGGACCGAAGCCCUCACUAUGCCCGAUUUCGCAACAGAAGGCUCGCGCAAUCAAGCCAACCUCACGAAGCUCGUUUCGCUCGCCGAAGGCUACCACAAGCGCGUGAAGGAAGAGUCGGAGCUCACGAAGGAGCAGUUACGGACACGAUAUGUGGGCAAGGUGGACCCAAAGAAGCACAUCGAGACCGUAGGGCAGGAAUUGAUUGAGGACAACAUCGUGGGCGUUACAAGGCAGAUGAUUGACAAGGAGGCUGGCGUGCCGAGCAAGGGGCUUGCGAUGAGAGGGAAGGAGGGCGCUGCGAAUGGCGAGGUGAACGGAGAUGGGGCGAUGGAGGUUGAUGGGCAGUAG